AUGAAGUACUCUCAAUUGGCGUGCGCAUUCUUGGCCGGUCAAGCAUAUGCGAGCAUCCUUACACAGUACCCCAUCCUCGAAAGCUCCAGCUCUUCAUCAUUAAUAGACCUUCACAAAGGACUUGUCGAGCACCAAUCGAUAACGGGAAACGAAGACAAUGUCGCUCAAUACCUCAUCGAGUACCUCGAAUCGCGAAAGUUUACGGUAGAAACGCAGGACGUCGGUCCUCAGAAAAGUUCCGGUCCACCACGACAGAAUAUCCUUGCGUACUUCGGUAGUCAGCGAAAGACGAGAGUGCUAGUAUCAUCUCAUAUUGAUACAGUACCGCCAUUUUGGCCAUACGAGAGAAAGGGUGACGAGAUAUGGGGACGGGGUAGUGUCGAUGCAAAAGGCAGUGUUGCGACUCAGAUCAUAGCUGUAGAAGAGCUUCUGGCCGCCGGCAAACUACAAGAAGGAGAUGUCGCGCUACUAUAUGUGGUAGGAGAGGAGGUUGGAGGAGAUGGUAUGAAAAAGGCAAACGACUUAGGUUUGACAUGGGAAAGCGCAAUAUUUGGGGAGCCGACAGAAUUGAAGCUCGCAAGUGGACACAAGGGGAUAGCAGGUUUUGAAAUUAAGGCGAAGGGGAAGGCUGGCCAUUCUGGAUAUCCCGAGUUGGGGAGAAGCGCGAAUGCAAUGCUGAUUCCUGCCCUCAACGCCUUGUUGAAUGCGGAAUUUCCUUCGAGCAAGAAGUAUGGAAAUACCACGCUCAACAUCGGUAGGAUGGAAGGAGGCGUUGCAGCCAAUGUUAUUGCACAGGAUGCAAGUGCAAAGAUAGCUAUACGUAUCGCUGAUGGGGGCCCAGAGGUCAUUAAGGAUAUUGUUGUGAAGGCCGUCAAGAACGUUGAUCCUGAAAUUGAGGUUACUGGCGGGUAUGGAUACGGCCCUGUCUUUAUCAAUUCAGAUGUACCAGGUUUUGAGACUAUAACAGUAAACUAUGGUACCGACAUACCUAAUUUAAAGGGCGAUCACAAAAGAUACCUUUACGGUCCUGGGACAAUCUUGAUGGCUCAUAGCGACCACGAGCAUUUAAAAAUCUCGGACCUAGAGGAGGCUGUUGAGGGCUAUAAAGUCUUGAUCAAACACACGUUGGGUUAG